GCCAGGCCGCUCGGGAACUCGCGAUCGAUGACUCGGCGCGCGACAGCGGCCCCUGGGAGCCCUAGGAGCACACUGCGCAAGCGCCCAGUCUGCCGCAAGGAGCGGGUGUCGGGGCUCUCCUGGUUUGUCGCUGUGUCACCUCUUUCCAGUUGUGCCUGGAGAACGUUAACGCUGAAAGGGAUGCUACAGGCAAAACUACUCGCCACUCCGCAAGGCCCAGGUGUACCUGGUUCUUACCCCAUUUCCGCCGUGGUGCCCGGCUCCAGCACCAUACGCUCUGAGAAACCUUAGGUUGAGCCCAGGCUCUGGUAGUUUCUGCCCUUACAGCAAAAUUAAAACAGCUUGUAGUCAGUGAUCUGUGUAGAAGAGUAUAUUAGUAAUCUGUCGCUGCAUAACAAUCACCCCAAAGCUUAACAGCUUAAGACAACAAACAUUUAUUGUCCGACAGAUUCUCUACAGUGCAGGAGUUUGGGCUUGGCUUGGCUGUUUGGUUGUGUCGUGGUCUCUCAUGAGAUUACAGUCAAGGUGUAGGUCAGGACUGGAGUAUCUCAAUCACAUGACUGUUGGCGGAGGCCUCGGCUUUUCACUGCAUGGACCUCCCCAUCGGGCCACUUGGGUGUCCCAGUGACAUCCUCACUUCCCACAAAGCCGGUGAUCCCAGAGAGACCAAGGCAGAAGCCACAAUGUCUUUAAUGAUCUCACCUCAGUAGUCACACACCAUCACUUCACUCACAUUCUGUUGAUCACAAUCCAAGCCUUCAGUGUGGGAGAAUCAACACAAAGGGCUGAGUACCAAGAGACAGGGAUCAUUGGGGGCCAUCUGGGAGUCUGGCUACCACAGAGGGCUUGGCAAUAAUGAUGAGGAUGAUGACUUAGGUGAGGAAGAAAGUAUCAUCAAGUUUCAUCCUUGUAUGAUAACCAUUUUCCAAAUCAUAAGAGUUGAAUAAAGUUUCUCCCGAUAGGUGGCAGUGCUUUUCCACACUGACCUUCAUUCAUUAAAUAAGAAUGUAUUGAUCACCUGCUUUGUGCCAGAUAUUGUCCUAGGUGCUGAGAAGACAUGUGCCUACCCGUGCAGAGCUUACAGGUAAGUGAAUCACCUCUUGUGUCAGAGCAUAAAAUGUAUCUUGUUUAUGAUAGAGAUGAGAACAGCCCUGGGGACUGGGGUACAUAGAGAAGGGUUGCUGUGCCAGGAGGGUUCUUGAGUGGCAAAGCAAUACGGAAUUGAGGAAGGGUGACAGGACCAGGGUGGCUCAACAUGGACAGAGUGGGUAUGUCCCAGAUAAAGAAGAGCCUCGAGCUAAGCAAAGGAUUUGGGACACAUUCUAGAAUGUAUGGGAAGCCACUGAAGAGUUUUAAGCAGGGGAGGCUUUAUCUAUCGGGGUUCUUAGUUCUGAGCAAUAGAGGCUGACUCUGACUAUGCAGAAGAAGAACACAUUAAAAGGAAACCGGAUAGCUCGGGGAUUCUGGGGAAGUGACUCCAAGUUAAGCUUCCAGGAAUGACGCUCAGAACCACGCUGAAGAACUGGCCUGAUGAGGAAACUCUCAUGACUGGGAUUGCUGCUGCCGCCCUAUCCCACCCUGGAGGAAGCUGCUGUCACCGCUGCCAGGAACCGCUGAGGAAUGGCGGCCACCUUCAAAUGCCACAUGUUUUUACACCAAGAAAAUGCCAAGCGUCCAAAAGAGCCUGUUUCCUUACCUUGCUCACUUCUAAAUCAAAGGCUCAUGGGCUGCAUCUGAUUGAGGGAAGAAACUGAGACCUGGCUGCAAAGGAGGCUGGAAUUUCGGGUCUGAACUCUUUCCUUGAAGAAGUGAGACUUAUAAUAGUCGGAUUUCCCCAAAGGUAGGAAGGCUGCACACAGGAUGAUAGGAGCCGUGAGUCUGACAGGUGUGUACCACAAGGGGCAUGGGUCCGAUCUGAAGUGUGAGUCUAUCAUGGUAGAAUACAGGAGAUGUAUUAGGUCAGGAUUUCUCAACCUCAGCACUGUUGACGUUUGGGCCUCACAAGCCUUUGCUGUGGAGAACUGUUCCGUGUCUUGUAGGAUAUUUAGCGCCAUCCCCGAUGUCUAUCAGCAAAACGCCAGUAUAACCACACCUUUGGUUGUGAGAACCAAAGAUGUCUCCAGACUUUGCCAAAUCUCCCCUAUCCCCUAGGAGGAGAAUUGCCUUGAAAACCAUUAGACCAGAGACCAGCCCAGUUAGGAGGCUCUCUUGGUAACUGAGAGAAGAAGGAACUGGUGGCAUGACAGUGGGAAUGGAGACAAUGGGAUGGGCAGGGAAGAUGGUUCAGAGACAGAAAUCACAGAACCUGGAAAAUGGCUAUAUUUGGAGGCUGUGUCAGGAUAUAGCUUUAGCUACUCGAACAGAGAUCUGACUUAACAGUGACCUAAGCAAGAUAUAAGUUUAUUUCUCUCAGAAAUAAUAUUCUUGGAGGAAGUAGUGCAAGGCUAAUAUGGUGUCCAUCUUUAGAGACCAUCUACCACGGUCUACCUCUUAGUACUACAUAAACCUGUAAAAAUGAAAUAGUAAAAACUAAUAUUAUCAGGCGAGUAUUCUGUAAAGAUUCAGUGAGAUAAUACCUUUUGGUUUUUGUUCUAAACUACUAAGCCUGUGGUAAUUUGUUAGGACAACAAUAGAAAACUAAUCCACCUGGGAUCUUCAUCUCAAUCCUUUGCCCAAUAGAGUGUAACCACUAGGAUGGAGGAAGCAAUCCAACCGCAGGAGUGAAGGAGGGUCCUGGAAGAGAACCAGAGCAUCUCCAAGGCACAGCCAAGAUUUAAGCAGCUGAGUUCAAGCCUCAAGUGGAAAGUACAUCGACUUCAAAGGCAGAGGGAAUCAAAGGUGCUCCCCGGCUUUGGAUACUUCCUCUGCUUGAGAGUCUGUCAAAGCUCUCCUUCAUGAGUGGUAAUGAUGUGUACAAAGAUGGUCCAAGUCCUCUGGGGAUGUUUCCUCCUGUGGAAUCUCUACAUCUCAUCCGCUCAGACCAUUUACCCUGGAAUCAAGGCGAGGGCUACUCAGAGAGCUCUGGACUAUGGCAUUCAAGCUGGGGUGGAGAUGAUUGAGCAAAUGGUCAAGGAAAGAAACAUCCCAGAUUUAAAAGGUUCUGAAUCUCCUGAAUUUCUGAAAAUUGAUUAUAUGAACUACAAGCUUAUAAACAUAAAAAUCAAUGCCUUUUCACUUCCAAAUACUUCACUAGCCUUUGUGCCUGGGGUGGGAAUCAGGGCCCUGAUCAAGCACGGCACUGCCAACAUCAGCACAGACUGGGAAAUCAAGUCUCCACUUUUCCAAGACGCAGGAGGAGCUAACUUGCUUCUCUCUGGGGUCUACUUCACCGGUAUAGUUGUCCUGGCCCGGAAUGACUUUGGUCACCCAAUCCUGAAGCUCCAAGACUGCAAUGCCCAAGUGAGCCACAAUGACAUCUCGUUUUCUGGAGAGCUCAGUGUCCUAUAUAACUCCUUUGCUGAGCCCAUGGAGAAACCCAUUUUAAAGAACUUAAAUAAAAUGCUCUGUCCCAUUAUCACAAGUGAGGUGGAGGCACUGAAUGCCAACCUCAGCAUGCUGGAGGUUUUAAGAAGCAUUGACAACUAUACCCUGCUGGAUUAUUCCCUAGUCAGUUCUCCAGAAAUUACUGAGAAUUACAUUGAUCUGAAUUUGAAGGGCGUAUUCUACCCCCUGGAAAACCUCACAGAUCCCCCCUUCUCAUCAGUUCCUUUUGUGCUCCCGGAACACAGUGACUCUAUGAUCUACGUUGGAAUCUCCGAGUAUUUCUUUAAAUCUGCGUCCUAUGCUUAUUUUACAGCUGGGGCUUUCAACGUCACUCUCACCACAAAAAAGAUUUUCAACAAUUUGAUUCGCAACUCUCAAGGCCUUGGCAACAUGCUCUCCUGGAUUGCAGAGCUGUACAUCUUGUCCCAGCCCUUCAUGGUACAGGUCUUGGCAAGAGAGCCUCCCGUGGUCAAUUUAUUACCAGGUAACUUCACCCUAGACAUCCCUGCCUCCUUCGUGAUACUCACCCAGUCCAAGAACUCGACUGCAGAAACCAUCAUUUCCAUGGACUUUGUUGCUAGUACCAAUGUUGCCCUGGCUAUUUUGGGACAAAGAUUGAUCUGCUCUUUAUCUCUGAACAGAUUCCGCCUCUCUUUGCCAGAGUCCAUUCGCAGCAAUAUUGAGGUCUUGAGGUUUGAGAAUAUUCUGUCUUCCAUUCUCCACUUCGGAGUCCUCCCACUGGCCAAUGCAAAAUUGCAGCAAGGAUUUCCUCUGCCCAAUCCACACAAAAUCUCACUUGUCAAUUCAGAUAUUGAAGUUCUUGAGGGUUUCCUUUUGAUUUCCACUGACCUGAAGUAUAAAACGUCCUUAAAGCAGCAGCCAAGUUUCCAUGGUUGGGAAGUUCUGAACCUGAUAAGUGGACAGUGGAGGGGGAAGCCAGCCCCUUGGUUGCCUGUUUGGAGUCCACUCCAGGAAGUAAAUCGCCCUUAAUCCCACAGCUCCUGUAAAGCCAGAGCGGGAAGAUGGUACACACAGGAAUUGUAAAGCCAUUGCGAAUUGCUGGAAGUUUUCUUUUUCAAGCCCUCAUGGAUGUAGAGGGAGGCAAACUGGGUGAAAGAGCUCAGUCAGGAUGUGUGUGUUCCCAUGUGUGUGGAGGGGUAUAUGUUUGAAUGUGUGUUCAUGUUUGAGUGCAUGUUGUAUGUUCCUGUGUCUGUGAGAUUCUGGGGCCAAGGGUGAGGCAUGUACUUCUAAGGAGGUGCAUGAGAAACUCUUAAAUACAGAUUUGCAUCAGUUGUUAUCAGCGGUGAUCCCUUCAACCCCUUCAACUCUCUAGGGUUCCCCCCUCCCUGCAUAUUGGAUUUUAUGUUUUAUAUUUACUGUUACUGUCCCCUGUAUUUAAUUAAAAUUGUUUGCUAUCAAUG